CCGCGAUGUUAGAGUUUGAGGCUGGCCGCAUACCCGCAAGAUUAGUUUGCGACGAGAUUAGUGGAUUUGUGGCUGCCCACAACCCGCCCCACCUGCAAGCUGAGUUUCAGCAGCACCAUUAGCUGCUUGACAAGUGGCUCCACAUCUCUCUCUGAUUUCUCUUUGCCUUGCCUUUGCUAUAAAAGGAGCUCCCGUGCCACACGCCCUCCAUCACACUGAACAUUCUACAAGCCUCCUCCCUCUCCCUCCCCUUGCACACGCGCGCACAAGCUAGAGCACUACACCUCGACGCCGCCAUAGCCACAGCGAGCAAGCUCAUGCUCCCUCUCCUGGACAUGCAAGCUCCUCCUCCUCCACAGAGCGGCGGCAAGCAGCAGCACCAGCUGAUGAGGACGGUGUCCAUCUCCGUCCUGGUGAUGUCGCUGCCGGUGCUCUACGUCUCCUUCCUCCACGUCCCGCCGGCCGCCCUCUUCAGGGACACCACCUUCUGGUUCCUCAUGUCCAACUCCAUCAUCAUCGUCAUCGCCGCCGACUCCGGCAUGCUCUUCUUCCGCUCCUCCUCAUCCGCCGCCUCAGGCUCGUCGUCUGACGGCGACGACGAUGGCGGCAUCCCCUUCGCCGUCUCCGCCGUCGAGCCGGUGGCCGUCAAGAGCGGCCACGCGUUGUCGAUGGGCAUCUCUGUCUCCGACGAGGUGGUCGUCCAGAACCAAGCUUUGGUUGUGAUGGAGCACGGGGACAUGUCGGUGAUCGCCGAGAACGACGACCACGCGUACGCAUUGGUUGUCAGAGAAGACCAAGCAGAACGAGUGGUGGCGAGCACGCCGGAGAGCAGAGACAUUAUCGUAAGCCCGUCCGCCGCCACCGGUGAGUUCGUGGCCGUCAAGAACGUCGACGUCGGCGCAAUCGUGCCAGCAGCGAGGCCAAGGAGGCUGGCGGCGAGCCGGAGCCUCCUUGCGCGGGAGGAGAGGCCCACGACGGCAAGGCGGCGGCACGGCCCCAGGCCGUCGCACUCGCACGCGCUCGUCCCCGUGCAGGACAAGAGCGUGGUGGUGAGCGAGGAGAAGCACCUCCGCCGGACGGCGACGGACAGGCGGCCGGCGGCGGCGGAGGAGGAGAACGAAAAGGAGAGCGAGUACUCGAAGCUGUCGGACGAGGAACUCAACCGCCGCGUGGAGGAGUUCAUCACCAGGUUCAACCGGGAGAUCAGGCUGCAGCUGGAGAAGGAGCAAGCCGCCGCCGCCUGAUGACGCCAUGCAAAUCAAUCAAGCUCUCAAAUCCAAGCUCCAUGCCAUGUCCUGUCCAUGUAGAUGGCUGCUGCUAGUUGCUAGGACCUUGGAGAAUUUUGUUCGCGUGUGUGUGCUGCGCUUGUACUAGUCUGCUGUUGCAGCAGAGCUGUGAGGUGAGGUAGAGGGACAUGGAAAUCAAUCAAGCUCCGAGUGAGAUUUGUACAUCAAGAAUGGAGACGACGACGUCGACGGCGAUGAGCACUCCAAGAUCGAUCGAGAUCGUACGUGUAGCAGAGGAUCUUGGAUCUUGCACGCACGCGUGCGUGGGAAUAAAUUAAUUGAAGAGGAUGCAGAGCAAGAUGUGGAGAGUUGUAUAAUCAAUUAGCUUGGCGGCUGGCUUUGUUAUCUGCAAGUGUCCUCUGCGUACGCCCUGCACCAAGAUCGCCUUCGUCCGUCCUGUAGCUUUAGCCUGUCGGAGGACGAUCAUGGAGGGGGUGGGCCCCACUGCAAAAACUCUAGCCCUGUUUGAAACGCCAGAAUUUUGCUCUCCCAA